CGGGCUAAGGGCAAAUUAGUGUGAUACGAACAAGCUCAGAAUGAAGUCCAAAUUUGCAUGCAUUUUGCUUUUCAGCUGCCUGAUUAGCUAUGUGGUGGCUCAGAAGCCCGAAAUGACGCAGCAGGUUGUCUCCAGCUGCAUGACGGAGAAUGGCGUUACGGAGCAAGAGCUGAAUGGUCUGAAAUCUGGUGAGGUGAAGCUGGAGGAUGUCAAGGACAAUGUGAAGUGUGCCUCGCAGUGCAUCAUGGCCAAGCUGGGCUUCAUGAAUAGCAAAGGAGUGCUACAAGACGAUAAGAUAAUGGACUUCUUCAAGGACGGACCCAUGCAGGGGCAGGCCGAAAAGGCUUUGGAAGCCUGCGGCAGUACCACCGGUGCCAAUCCCUGUGACACGGCGUUCCAAAUUAUGGUCUGCCUAGAGAAGCACGUCAACGAGCUGAUGAAGGCAUAA